AUGACGUCGUCAAUGAGACGACUCAUUCCCAUUGAGAAAUUUCAAGUCGCACCCUUUCAUUGCUUCAAUUUCAACGACAGACGGCACAAUACCCAUUUCAUUGUAUUCAUCCAUCACAAGGCUACAGAUUUUUGUGUCGAUAUUGUUGUAAAGAUGACGGACAAGUCACAGUUCCAGGAGGGCCAUUCGGUGCCAGUGACGGACCAGGACUUCCCAGGAAAGGAGGGCAACAUGCCCAACCCUACUCCUCAGUUUGAUCGCAUUCCCACAAGCGAUGGCGGUUCUAAGCUGUACCAAGCUGCUGGAAAGCUGGAGGGCAAGAAGGCCAUCAUUACUGGAGGUGACUCUGGUAUUGGCCGUGCCACAGCGAUUCUCUUCGCUAUGGAAGGCGCCGAUUCGCUCAUUGCUUAUCUGAAGGAGGAAGAGGAUGAUGCUCAGGAAACUAAGAAGCGUGUCGAGGCUUACGGCCGGAAAUGCUACCUUCUGGCAACUGACCUCACCGACCGUGCCAACUGCAAGAAGGUCGUUGACGAGGCCCUCGAAAAGCUGGGUGGCAUUGACAUUUUGUUCAACAACGCGGCGUAUCAAAUGAUGAAGGAGAGCAUCCAUGACCUCUCUGAGGAGCAAUGGAUUCACACUUUUAACACCAACAUUCACCCUUACUUUUACCUUGCCAAAUACUCCCUGCCUCAUAUGAAGAAGGGCUCAACUAUCAUUAACAACGCAAGCAUCAAUGCCUAUGUUGGUCGCCCCGACCUCCUCGAUUACACCUCCACCAAGGGUGCUAUCAUCUCCUUCACCCGUGGUCUAAGCAACCAGUUUGUCGAUAAGGGCAUCCGUGUCAACGCGAUCGCUCCGGGGCCUGUCUGGACGCCACUGAUCCCCGCUACGAUGAACGAGGAGGCUCAGAAGCAGUUUACCGCCCCCAUGGGACGCCCAUCUCAACCCUCCGAGAUUGCGACUUGCGUGGUGUUCCUUGCUUCCACCGAUAGCUCUAGCAUCAGUGGACAGACCAUUCACUGCAACGGUGGUACCAUUGUCAACGGUUAA